AUGACACCGCCUCUUCCAUUACCACCCUUUCUCCCUGAAGAACUCAUUCUUGAAAUCCUCACAAAACUUCCAAUAAAAUCUCUUUUACGUUUCAAGUGUGUAUGCAAAUCAUGGUUACACAUAAUUUCCAACCCUUACUUCAUAAAAAAACAGCUUUACUUCACAACCCAUCAUAGAAUCAUCUUGAGUGCUACAACAGCUGAAUUCCACCUCAAAUCUUGUUCCAUUACCUCUCUUUUCAAUAACCCAUCAACGGUUUCUGAAGUCCUUAACUACCCUGUGAAAAACAAGUUUCGACAUGAUGGUAUUGUUGGUUCUUGUAAUGGGUUCCUCUGUUUUGCUAUAAAAGGUGAUUGUGUUCUUCUUUGGAACCCUUCUAUUAGGGUUUCUAAAAAGUCACCACCUUUGGGAAAUAACUGGAGACCCGGUUGUUACACUUCUUUUGGCCUUGGUUAUGAUCAUGUCAAUGAAGAUUACAAGGUUGUUGCUGUUUUUUGUGAUCCUAAUGAGUUUUUCAGUGAAUCUAAAGUUAAGAUUUUUAGUAUGAAUACUAAUUCUUGGAGGAAGAUUCAUGAUUUCCCUCAUGGUGUUUCACCUUAUCAAAAUUCAUCUGGGAAAUUUGUGAGUGGUACUCUCAAUUGGGCUUCUAAUUACUCACAUGGUUCAAGUUCUCUGUGGAUCAUAGUUUCUUUGGAUUUGGAGAAGGAAACUUAUAGGGAAGUUCUUCCACCUGAUUAUGAAAAGGAAGAGUGUUCAACUCCUAGUUUGAGUGUUCUUAAGGGUUGUCUUUGCAUGAACUAUGAUUACAAAAAGAGUGAUUUUGUGGUUUGGUUAAUGAAGGAUUAUGGUGUGAGAGAGUCUUGGAUUAAAUUGGUGACAGUUCCUUAUUUGCCUAAUCCUGAGGACUUUUCAUAUUCAGGGCCUUAUUGUGUUUCAGAGAAUGGUGAAGUGUUGUUGAUGUUUGAGUUUGAUUUGAUUGUGUAUAAUCCAAGAGACCAUUCGUUUAGGUAUCCUAGGAUUGAAGGUGGGAAGGGUUGGUUUGAUGCAGAGGUUUAUGUUGAAAGUUUGGUUUCACCAAUGAAGGAUUAA